UCUCUACACAAUAUUUUACUACUCUUUAUCAGCACACAUUUUUCACGCAAUUCUAAUGGACCAAACAUACCCAGAACACAUACACAGGGUCAUGGAAAGCAGCCAAAUUGCUGAUUAUUCUUCCAGGGCAGCUGGGAUAUUUGGUUUUGGUGUUGGUGUGCGGAAUGACGAGCAGCCCCAAACACAACAGCCAACUGAGCCCGUUGGUCGACAGGGCAAUUCAGGUAACGCAUACUAUCAGAUAGGCUCCCAUUACCCACACCAAAUCUCACGCCAUGAAAGCAGUGGCAAGGGAAACCACAGAAACGACCAUUCUGAAGUAGAUGAGUUUGGCAUGCUUCAUCUGGUGCAUGAAUAUCUAGCAACCCAGCGUGGAACUCGAGGCACACACAGAGAAAAGAUGAUUCUAACAAAGCACAUUACGCGGCUGAGCAACGACCCACGUAUGCUUGAGAUCGCAGGCUUGGCAUUCUUUGCUACCCUGGAUAAUGCGGUGUUUCCAGGAAACGCCAAAUUUGAUACCAGAAUUCGACAUGUAUACGGAAGCAACGACGGCGAGGGAUACAAUAUUCGAGGCCGCCUGGAUGAUAUUUACAACAAGUACAAGGCUGACGUAUUUGCCUUCGAGCACCUCGCCCCAGAGACCAGCGUACUGGACACACGUACUUUUGGAGAUCACUGGCUGCCGAAUAGUGGAAGGAAUCGUCCGUACGAGACAUAUCACUGGUACAUCAAUAGCCUAGACUGUCUUAUUCCGGAUGCAAUGAGUGAGACGUUCCAGCUGCACGGAGUCAAGUGCAAGCUUCGUUUGCUUAAGAAAUUCAGUCUCUCAAACGGCGAAACGUGGACUGGACUAUGGCUUCACAAUGUCGGCCGCGGCAGGGAUGUGAUAAAUGGACCGUUUGUGCUUGCUAUCUCGAAUGUUGCCUACCCCACCGAGUAUCAUGCCCAGGUUGUCUUGCCGAAGGGUGGAGUACGUCCAUCGCAGGGAGUCGGAAUGAAACUCUUCGUUGAGUACAAGGAACUAUUACAUUCGACACACAAGAACAGCCGCCCAAUAUGCGACUCCGAUGGGCGUGUUCGCGUCAGUGUGAUAUCCAUCUGACCAGACAUUUCGGGGACUUCACACAUAUGCUCAGUAGUUGGCUGCUCUACUGUACAUUCAAUGCGUGGCCACGAGCUGUUUCUCUUGUUAUUGCAUUCAUCAUUAGGCAACCAUCCUGUACAUG